GACUUCCCAUCAACAGCGAAUGCCUCAGCAGUGGCUAACUCUCGUCUCCAUCUUUUCUCUCUCUAAAAUUACCUCUACAUCUCUCUCUCUCUCUCUAAAAAUCCCACUACCUUGCUCCUCUCUCUCUCUAACAAUGCCAUUAUCAAGUACUGUUUUCUCCCACUUCUCUCUCUCUAAACGCCUGUUACAUAUCCUCGCACAUGGUAAAUCCGUUUUCUCUCACAUCAUUUUAUAUAAUGACAAUGCUCUGUGAUCACUCAUCAUCUCUCUCUAAAACAUGCCUCUGCAUUUCCUCUGUUCUCUCUCUGCAACAAUGCAUAUACAUAUCCUAACUUGAUAAAACGCUCAAAGUCAGUUCUCCGUAAAUGUAUCAUCCCUCUCUCUACUGUUAUACAGGAGAAAGUGACAAUUUUUUGUUUCGGGGAUCUCUUUGAUAGAUGUGUUUUUGGUUCCUCUUCAGUCGCAGAUCCUCAGUUUCUCCACUAUUUCUUCUCAAAAUUGUGCUUUCUCUCUCUAAGUUUGGGUUUCAAAGUUUACAAACUGUGGAUGAUAUAGCUCGAAUAACUGCUGAAUUUCAGUGAAAAUGGAGAAAUUGUCUUGGAAUUUUGUGGUAGAGCCUUACAAAGAGGAAUUUCAAUUGAUUUUAGGGCUUCGUUGUACAAAAGGAAGAUGAAGAUGCAAUCAGUUGAAGAGGUCAACUUUGUAAAGUAAUUGCCAUACUUCUGGUUCAUUCCACGAAGAUCCCUGUCUGGAUCUGGUGUUCACUCAAAUUCUGUAUUUGUAAGGCGAUUUGGAGCUCACAUGUCACAGAUAUCGCUUUUAGACAGUUGGGUUGCACAUCAAUGAAGAAGCUGUACUGUUUUAAGCCAAAUUCGAAUGGUGGCAAGCCCAAAGGGCUCGUGUCAUCGAAGGAGUAUAAGAGAUUGAUAUCUUGGUCUAAAUAUUUGGUGUCACCGAAGGAAGGAGAGGUAAAAGAAGAGAGAACUGAGGAAUGGAGUGCUGAUAUGUCUCAGUUGCUCAUAGGGAACAGGUUCGCUUCAGGUAGACACAGUAGGAUUUACCAUGGCAUAUACAAGCAACAAGAUGUGGCUAUAAAGCUUUUAAGUCAGCCUGCUGAGGAUGAUAAGUUGGCUGCUUCUUUGGAGCGGCAGUUUGCCUCUGAGGUUUCACUGCUAUUCCAACAAAACCAUCCUAAUAUUAUCAACUUUAUUGCAGCUUGCAAGAAGCCACCAGUAUUCUGCAUAAUCACAGAGUAUUUGGCAGGGGGCUCAUUGAGAAAGUUUCUCCACAAACAAGAGCCCUACUCACUUCCCAUGAAACUUGUCCUGAAAUUUGCUCUUGACAUUGCAAGGGGAAUGCAGUAUCUUCAUUCUCAAGGGAUACUACACAGGGAUCUCAAGUCUGAGAACUUAUUGCUUGGGGAUGACAUGUGUGUAAAGGUGGCAGAUUUUGGAAUUUCAUGCUUAGAAUCUGAAUGUGAUAGCAUGAAGGGAUUCAUGGGCACUUAUCGAUGGAUGGCACCUGAAAUGAUCAAGGAAAAGAAUCAUACAAGGAAGGUUGAUGUGUAUAGUUUUGGAAUUGUCGUUUGGGAGCUUCUCACAUCAUUAACACCGUUCCAUGACAUGACUCCUGUACAGGCUGCUUUUGCAGUUUCCCAAAAGAAUGCACGCCCGCCUUUGCCUGCUAAUUGUCCACUAGCUCUGGGCCGUUUCAUUAGAAGAUGCUGGUCAUCGAACCCUGACAAGAGGCCCGACUUUGAGGAGAUUGUAUCAAUCCUAGAGAGCUAUAACGAGUCCCUUGAGCAAGACCCUACCUUCUUUUCAUAUGCAUCCUCAGAUCCCCAAACAAUGACUCUCUGUUUCCCUAGUUGCAUUGCUAUACACAGGACUGCUUCCUCACCAGCCUAGCUUUCCAUGACUUUAGUGAAAGUGUACGGCUGGUGUGUACCAUAUGUUAUCCUGUUCUUCUUGGAUUGUAUUGCAGCUGGAUCCGUAAGUUGUAUUGCAGCUGGAUCUGAAAGUUGUCUGUGAUUUUUUCCUUUUUGCCUUUCCUCAUGUUAUUGUAAAAGUCUUUCUGGCUGAUGUUUUUUUUUUCUUUUUUUAUCCGAUAAUGUUAACUGUUAUAUAUUAGAAUAAGGUCAUUGAGUACACUCUUUCUGGCUGAUGUCCAUGUUUUGAAACAUGAAAACUCUUGGAAAGUGCUGAAAAGAAAAUGAAGAGGAGCACAACUGCCCAUUAAUGGGAGUAUGUCGCUGCUAUUUCUUUCAAAUAUCCAUUUUUAUUAAAUGAAAUUGAUGGUGAGUGCA